AUGGUUUCAGAGAUCUUGCUGGUGGUACUGUUUCAAUCCCAGUUAAGCACAGUUCACAUUGUGAAAUGCAGUGUCUAUAAUCCACACCAUCCACUGCACACCUAUCAACAACCAGGAGACCUCAUCAUUGGUGGCAUCGUUUCUCAUGGUGGCUUCAUCUCCAGUCCAAUCGACUUCACUGAAGACCCCCCUCCAGCAUUGCAUGAAGACUUUAUUGUUGUGUCUAAGGCUUACCAGCACAUCCUGGCCCUCGAAUUUGCAGUGAAGGAAAUCAAUGAGAACUCACAGAUCUUACCCAAUCUCACCUUGGGCUUCCACAUCUAUGACAGCUAUGACAAUGCAAGGAAGACCUAUCAUGCCACAAUGCUACUUAUAUCAGCACUUGAGAGAUUGAUCCCCAACUACAUAUGUAACAUCCAACAUAGCCUCAUAGCUGUAAUAGGGGGAUUGGACUCCCAAGUUUCCAUUCAUGUGGCAACUAUCUUGGAUAUCUAUAAGAUUCCACAGGCACAACCUUUUUCUGUAUGUAGUGAGAGUUGUCAUCCUGGUUCUAGCAAAAAAGUGAAAGAGGGAGAGCCAUUUUGCUGCUAUGAUUGCAUCCCAUGUCCAGAUGGGAAGUUUUCAGACCAAGAGGAUGUGGAUGAUUGCAAGAAAUGCUCAGAUGAAGACUAUCCAAGCAACACUCGGGAUUUCUGUAUCCCCAAGGACAUAAGCUUCUUGUCAUAUCAAGAACAUUUGGGGAUGGGUUUAGCCAGUGUCACUCUUUUCUUUUGUAUCACCACUUUAUUGGUGUUGGGAACAUUUAUGAAGCACCACAACACUCCCAUUGUUAAAGCCAACAACCGGGAUCUUACCUAUAUUCUCCUCAUCUCCCUCCUGCUCUGUUUCCUUUGCACGUUGCUGUUUAUUGGCCGCCCUCACAAAGUGACAUGUCUACUCCGACAGACUGCUUUUGGCAUAAUUUUCUCAGUGGCUGUUUCUUGUGUGCUGGCAAAAACCAUUACAGUGGUUCUGGCUUUCAUGGCCACCAAACCAGGAUCCAAGAUGAGGAAAUGGUUGGGGAAAACACUGGCCAAUUCCAUUGUUCUUUUCUGCUCCCUUCUCCAAGUAGGCAUUUGUAUUGUAUGGUUGUCAACAUCUCCCCCAUACCCAGAUGUCGACAUGCACUCAGUGACUGGAGAAAUUGUUUUGGAGUGUAAUGAAGGAUCUGUGACUAUGUUUUACUCUGCCCUGGGCUAUAUGGGCUUCCUUUCAAUUCUGUGUUUCAUGGUAGCUUUCCUUGCCAGGAAGCUGCCGGAUAGUUUCAAUGAAGCCAAAUAUAUCACAUUCAGCAUGAUAGUAUUUUGUGGUGUUUGGUUAUCCUUUGUUCCAGGUUAUCUGAGCUCCAAGGGAAAAUACAUAGUUGCUGUGGAGAUCUUCUCUAUCUUAGCCUCCAGCUCUGGACUCCUCGGUUGCAUCUUUUCUCCCAAAUGUUUCAUUCUUGUUUUGAGACCAAAGCUGAACAACAGGAACCAACUAAUAAGAAGAAUUUAA